AUGCAAGAUGACCCUCUGAAGAAACUGGAGGAAUUACAUUUUGUAGUUGGAAUAUUAGGGGUGUUAAUGAGCCACUUAAAAAGGGUUGAUUUUGUGCCUGAGAAUGUGUCCUGGUUAACAUCCACUCUUCCCCCCUCCCUCUCCUCCUCCCACAGUGUCACUCUCCGGGGAGCUGGGAGCCACAAGCAGAUUGACCAGGGAGGAAACAGUAUUCUUCGAUACUACUAUUCUAACAAGGCAAUAUUAUUCCUAAUGUGUGUUGGAAAUGAAUUAUUUUAUAUGUCUCUUUACGUCUUAUAUUUUACUGAGGGAUGGAUGGUGCCGGUUGUGGGGAGAUUCCCCUUGCGUCCUAUCUUCUGGGCCUGUCUCCCGGUGGCCGUGGCUAAGAGCGGGGUGAACGUGGUGCAUUUGGUGUCAGCCGCCCGCACCCUGGUGGCCAUCGAUCGUGUGGAGCGAGCGAGGGGAGGGGGAGGUUGCGAGGGCAAGGGGGAGUGAUGGAGAUUAUGGAGUGUGUGUGAGUGA